AGUGAUAAGGUGGAAAAAUUGGUGAAACCAGCAGUGCUUUCGUGCUUUGGCGAUGUUGCACUAGCAAUUGGACCUAAUUUUAGCCGUUAUUACGAUUACGCAACAAAAAUACUGAAUAUGGCUAUCGCUACUGCAAAAACUGACGAAAAGAAAAACAAGGCAUGA